CGCGUCCCCGGAUGUUGCGUCGCUCCGUGAGCCGCCGCGGCCGUUUGCGAGCGGGGAGCGGAGCGGACGGAGCCAACAUGGCGGUGCCGGGCCUGGCCCGGCCGUGACGGGGAGGCCGCGACUCCCCCCGGGGCGGCCCCGCGGGGCCCCAGAGCGCAGCGGGGGCCGGGCCGGCGGGCAUGGCGGGGGCGCUGUAAGGGAGGCCUCGGCGGUGCCUGUUUGUGACUUAAGCCGGGCCGGUUUCUGGAGGAGUCGUGAUCCUCAGAGCAAAGCGAGGCUUAAAUCCCGCCGGGAAGAGAGGAGUUAGUUCGUCAGGAAUGGUGGCUGUGCAGAAAGAAGUGACCUAGAGAGCACGGGGGGAGCUCUGGACUCGCCUUUCCCUCCUCCCCGCGUCAGUAAAUUAUUAAGUAGGAAUAAAAGGGGGGGUUUGGGGAGCAAAAAAGACCACAAAAAUAAAUUGGGUGGCUUCUGGCAAGUCAACCAGCCUGACCCUGGAAGUUCGGCCAGACCUGGGACUACAGGAGCUGCUCCACCAGGAGGUUUUAUUUAAAAAGCCGAGGAGAAAAGGGGAUCGGAGACGCCGAGAAAAGGGGAUCGGAGCCACCAAGAGACGCGUGGGACUGUGGAUCCGAGAGCAGCGGAGCUCCCGGCCCAGGCUCCCCCCGCCCCGAGGCCGCCGCGAUGGCCGCCCCGAAGCGCCGCCGCGCUCAGGCCUGGCCGGAGGAGCGAGGCGACCGCGAGCACGGGCUCUACAGCCUGCACCGCAUGUUCGACGUGGUGGGCGCGCAGCUGACGCACCGCGACGUGCGCGUCCUGUCCUUCCUCUUCGUGGACGUGAUCGACGAGGCCGAGCGCGGCGCCAUCCGCAGCGGCAGGGACUUCUUGCUGGCGCUGGAGCGGCAGGGCCGCUGCGACGAGACCAACCUGCGGCAGGUGCUGCAGCUGCUGCGCAUCAUCACGCGCCACGACCUGCUGCCCUACGUCACGCUCAAGCGCCGGCGGCCCGUGUGUCCGGACCUGGUGGACAAGUACCUGGAGGAGACGUCCAUCCGUUACGUGACCCCGCGGGCACACGGCGCAGCGGGGGGACACGGGCUCGGCCACCCCCACAAACCAGUGCCUCCCCAGCACCCCGUUGUCUGCUGCUCCCCCGCGGGCCCCCAGCUCUGCGCCAAGCGGCCGGGCCGCGGCCGGACCCUCCCGGGCAGCCAGCGCAAGCGCAGGAAGUCGGCGACGCCGGAUCCCAAGGAGAAGCAGACGUGUGACAUCCGCCUGCGCGUCCGCGCCGAGUACUGCCAGCACGAGACGGCGCUGCAGGGCAACGUCUUCUCCAACAAGCAGGACCCGCUGGAGCGCCAGUUUGAGCGUUUCAACCAGGCCAACACCAUCCUCAAAUCGCGCGACCUGGGCUCCAUCAUCUGCGACAUCAAAUUCUCCGAGCUCACCUACCUCGACGCCUUUUGGCGCGACUACAUCAACGGCUCCUUGCUGGAGGCCCUCAAGGGCGUCUUCAUCACGGACUCGCUCAAACAGGCCGUGGGCCACGAGGCCAUCAAACUGCUGGUCAAUGUGGACGAGGAGGAUUACGAGCUCGGCCGCCAGAAACUCCUGAGGAACUUGAUGCUGCAAACGGCUCCUUGAGCCCCGUGCGCUCCCCGCCCCCCCAACGCUUUGGGGGUUUGCUUUGGUUUGGUUAUGGUUUUUGGUUUGGAAAAGGAAAGGAAACGGUGGAACCCACCCCCCCUCCCUUGGCCUGGGAUGGUGCGACUCGGAGGCUUCGUGUUUCCACCCCCCGGCCCCUCUUGUCGCCUCUUGCGCUUCGUUUUUCCUUCUUUUCUUCUCUUUUCUUUUAUAUCCAUUAAAAACAAACACACACACACACAGGAAAAAGGGCAAAAAUCCUGCCUGGGGGGGGGGGUGUUAUACCGGGUGGGCUCAGGGGUGGCUUUGUCCCUUGUGUCACCGUCUUGGGGGCUCCAUGUGCUGGGGGAUCCCGCCCUGGGUUGUGUGUCCCCUCUGGGUUGUGUCCCCCAUGCUGUUUGUCCCUCAAUCCCGCCCCCCCCCCAGCGCCUCAGGGGGGUUUCUCAGGAGUCAAACUGUCCCCACACCCCCCCCCCACUGUGUCCCCCGGACCAUGUGCCUUCGUGUCCCCUCCCCUGGGGGGGACCAGCGCCAAGGGACCCCCCCUACCCCCCCCUCAAACCUCCACCUGUCCCCUCUGCGGCCGCCUGGCUCUGCCCCCCCCCUCCAGCUGGCAACUGGGACUAACUGGUCCAAGGGGCAGGUGUUGCUGGCAGCCCAGCCCUGCCCACACAUAUGGGGGGGGUCAGCAGCUCCGCGCCCCCCCCCCCCCAAAAACCAACAGUUUUCCCCCCAACCUGCUGCCUGUGGCUCCGAGGGGGUUUUUUUGAGCUCCAUCCCCAUUUUGUGGUUUUUCUCCCCAAUUGGGUGCAGUUCCCCCCCCACCCCAACCAGGGGAUUUGUGGUGCGUGUGGCCCCCCCACCGCACCCCCCCCCUUAUCCGCUCAUGGACAAUUCUGCCACAACUCGCUGUAAUUUCUGUGAUUUCUGUAUUUUUUAAAACUUCACUCUUAACGUCCCGUUCCCUGUGUAGCUUCGGGUUUCUCGGAAUAAACAGCGACCGCA